UUUGGGCAUUCCCAGUUCUGUAACGAUUUAUCUAAGCGUAAUUCUCAUACGAUACGGUGACAGAAUGUUCAGAAAACCAUCAUGAGCUCGCAUUUAAUGCUGACAUAAUCGAAGCUCCGCAGUUUAUAUCUAAAGCAGGUAGGGCUCCGUCUGCUUGUGUAUUGACACCGUCAUUAUCUUUAGCUCUGCGCGCACCGCAGACAGCGAGAGAGCGAGUGCGCCAGGCUAGGGAGAGAGCGGUUGUGACUCAAGCUCUGCGAAUUCAGUUAGUCUAGUCUACUACAACUAUGAAUGCAUUGUGAGUGGCUUGUGGGCAACAGAAGCAGACCUUUAUUUGGCAUUUGUUUCUUUUUUCGUCGCCAAUGCAAAAGGAAAUAUGCAGCGACGACUUACCUUGGUCUUUGUUAGUUUUUGUGUUGGGUUUUGCGCUGGUUCAAGUUUCCCAAGUAAUAUAAAUAUAGGGGGAUUGUUCCCAAACGGCUCCCACGAAUAUGAGGUUUUUCGGUUUGCACUCUCUCAUCACCAGGAUAUCCCCAAACUGGUACCACAAGUGGACAUGGUCGACACAGCAAGCAGCUUUGCUAUGACAUAUGCAUUUUGUUCACAGUUCUCCAAAGGAGUCUAUGCCAUCAUUGGAUUGUAUGACAGGAAGACCAUGAACAUGCUCAUGUCGUUCUGCGGGGCUCUCCACGUCUGCUUUGUGACACCCAGUUUCCCCAUAGAAACCAACAACCAGUUUGUGAUCCAGCUGAGACCGGAGCUUCAGGAGCCCCUCAUUGCCCUGAUUCAUCACUACAAAUGGACCAAGUUUGUCUACAUGUAUAGCUCUCAUUCAGGCCUGACAGUGCUGCAGAAGAUUCUGGAUACAGCAGCAGAGAGGACAUGGCAGGUGACAUCAGUGAACCUGGACAGUGGUAUGGAUCAGGUGGCCUUCCUGAAGGUGGUUCAGGACCUAGAGAAGAAGAAGGAGUACAACAUCAUCCUGGACUGUGAGCUGGAGAGACUCAACUUGAUCCUCAACCUGAUCGCUGCUCAGAAGAAGAACCUAAAAAAUUACCACUACAUAUUGGCAACCCUGGGAUUUUUGGACAUGAACUUCACUGAGUUCCAGAAGAGUGGUGCCAACAUCACCGGGUUCCAACUAAUGAACUACUCAGACGAAAAUGUCAGCAAGGUCAUAGAGGAGUGGGUGGACUUUGACAGCAAAGACCUUAAGCUACCCAAGAGAAGACUGAAGUACACAGGAGCCCUCACAUACGACGGAGUGAGCGUCAUGGCAACCGCCUUUCAGAACCUCCGGAAGCAACGUAUUGACAUCUCCCGGCGAGGCAAUGCUGGCGAGUGUCUGGCCAACCCACCAGCUCCCUGGGGCCAGGGUAUCGACAUCCAGAGAGCUCUACAGCAGGUUCGAAUUGAGGGCUUGACUGGACAUGUCCAGUUUAACGAGAAAGGCCAUCGGACCAACUACACGGUCAGCGUCAUGGAGCUGAGCCCGAGUGGACCGCUGAAGGUGGGCUACUGGAACGAGAAUCAGAACUAUGUGCACACAGCGGUGUACACGCCGGUGGUUGAAGAGUUCUUCGGACUGCAAAACAGGACCUACAUAGUGACCAGUAUCCUUGAAUCUCCAUAUGUGAUGCUGAAGAAAAAUCAUGAGCAGCUGGUGGGGAACGAUAAGUAUGAGGGCUAUUGUGUGGAGCUGGCUGCCGAGAUCGCCAAGCAUGUGGGCUAUACUUAUAAACUGGAGAUCGUAGGGGAUGGAAAGUACGGAGCCAGAGACGCUGAGUCCAAGAUGUGGAACGGGAUGGUGGGCGAGCUCGUUUAUGGGAAAGCAGAUGUAGCAGUAGCCCCGUUGACCAUCACCCUGGUGAGAGAGGAGGUGAUCGACUUCUCCAAGCCCUUCAUGUCCCUGGGCAUCUCCAUCAUGAUCAAGAAGCCCACCAAGUCAAAACCUGGAGUCUUCUCCUUCCUCGACCCACUGGCCUACGAGAUCUGGAUGUGCAUCGUGUUUGCCUACAUCGGUGUGAGCGUGGUUCUCUUCCUGGUCAGCCGCUUCAGCCCGUACGAGUGGCAGGGGGGCGACUCAGAGGGAGAGGAGGGCCAAGAGCAGCAGCAGAGACAGCAGUCGUUCAGUCCCAGGAGAGAGCCAGGACAGUCCCAGUCCCAAAACCAGGGCCAAGGACAGGGCCAGUCCCAGUCCCAACCGGGCCAAAACCAGGGCCAAGGACAGGGCCAGAGCCAGAGUGAGGGGCACACCAAUGAGUUUGGGAUAUUCAACAGCUUGUGGUUCUCGCUGGGCGCCUUCAUGCAGCAGGGCUGUGACAUCUCGCCAAGGUCCCUCUCUGGUCGCAUUGUAGGGGGAGUGUGGUGGUUCUUCACCCUCAUCAUCAUCUCGUCCUACACGGCCAACCUGGCUGCCUUCCUCACCGUGGAGAGGAUGGUGUCGCCCAUAGAGAGUGCAGAGGACCUGGCCAAGCAGACGGAGAUCGCCUACGGUACUCUAGACGGAGGCUCCACCAAAGAGUUCUUCAGGAGAUCGAAAAUAGCCGUAUUUGAGAAGAUGUGGUCCUACAUGAAGUCUGCCGACCCGUCAGUGUUCGUGAAGACCACAGAUGAGGGCGUGGUGCGGGUCAGGAAGUCCAAAGGGAGGUACGCCUACCUGCUGGAGUCCACCAUGAACGAGUACAUCGAGCAGAGGAAACCCUGUGACACCAUGAAGGUGGGAGGGAACCUGGACUCCAAGGGUUACGGAGUGGCCACGCCCAAGGGAUCGGCACUAAGAAACCCAGUAAACUUGGCAGUGUUAAAACUGAACGAGCAGGGCCUGUUGGACAAAUUGAAAAACAAAUGGUGGUACGACAAGGGGGAGUGCGGCAGCGGAGGAGGUGACUCCAAGGACAAGACCAGCGCUCUGAGCCUCAGCAAUGUGGCUGGGGUGUUCUACAUCCUGAUUGGAGGGCUGGGGCUGGCCAUGCUCGUGGCCUUGGUCGAGUUCUGUUACAAGUCCAGGAUCGAGUCGAGGAGGAUGAAGCAAAUCAUCGAUGCAGCCAUGCUGAGUUCCACCCUGAACCGCAUGACCAGGACAGGGAGCGGGGGCGAGAAUGGACGAGUGGUCGCCCAUGACUUCCCCAAAGCGUCACAGACUCUCCCCUGCAUGAGCCAGGCCGCGGGCAUGUGAUGGGGCAGUCCUUCCUCUGCACAGACCCCACCAAAAAGAGAAAUGGAAAAGAGGAGGCCAAUAGGAUUCACUGACUACUGCCAAUAGGAUUCACUGACUGCUGCCAAUAGGAUUCACUGACUACAGCCAAUAGGAUUCACUGACUACAGCCAAUAGGAUUCACUGACUACAGCCAAUAGGAUUCACUGACUACUGCCAAUAGGAUUCACUGACUACAGCCAAUAGGAUUCACUGACUACAGCCAAUAGGAUUCACUGACUGCAGCCAAUAGGAUUCACUGACUACAGCCAAUAGGAUUCACUGACUACAGCCAAUAGGAUUCACUGACUACAGCCAAUAGGAUUCACUGACUACAGCCAAUAGGAUUCACUGACUACAGCCAAUAGGAUUCACUGACUGCUGCCAAUAGGAUUCACUGACUGCUGCCAAUAGGAUUCACUGACUACUGCCAAUAGGAUUCACUGACUACAGCCAAUAGGAUUCACUGACUGCAGCCAAUAGGAUUCACUGACUGCUGCCAAUAGGAUUCACUGACUACAGCCAAUAGGAUUCACUGACUACAGCCAAUAGGAUUCACUGACUACAGCCAAUAGGAUUCACUGACUACAGCCAAUAGGAUUCACUGACUGCUGCCAAUAGGAUUCACUGACUGCUGCCAAUAGGAUUCACUGACUACAGCCAAUAGGAUUCACUGACUACAGCCAAUAGGAUUCACUGACUACAGCCAAUAAGAUUCACUGACUACAGCCAAUAGGAUUCACUGACUGCUGCCAAUAGGAUUCACUGGCUACUGCCAAUAGGAUUCACUGACUACAGCCAAUAGGAUUCACUGACUGCAGCCAAUAGGAUUCACUGACUACAGCCAAUAGGAUUCACUGACUACAGCCAAUAGGAUUCACUGUCUACAGCCAAUAGGAUUCACUGACUGCAGCCAAUAGGAUUCACUGACUACGGCCAAUAGGAUUCACUGACUGCUCACUCUGAAGAUAGUUGUUUCUAACAAAAUCACUUUUGUAAAGAGACGGUAUAUUUGGAUCUUUUCUGCUGCAAUAAAGAUGGCCGUCUUGGACUUUAAUAGAUGACAUACUUUUGUGUAUCAAAAAGAAAAGAAAAAGAGAAGUUCUUCCCCAACCCAAUUAAUAGUGACACUUUUUGCACUAUGUCAGUUUUUCUGGUCGCAAAUUCAUUUUUUCUUGUCUACUACUAUCAUUAACAGUCAUGAACAGCUACAGUGGAGCCUGAAAUAAUUGAACCCCUUGAUAAAGAUGAGCAAUAAUGUAUCAAAUAAAGAAUUCAAAUACUAAGCUAUAUUGUAUGCAACAAAAAUAAUGAGGAAAUUAUAUUAUUUUACACUAAUAUCUUGGAGAAAGAGAUUCUGUUUGAUAAAUUAACUACUUUUUUCCUCAGAAAAGGGAAGAUUCUUAUAAAUAAAGUAGUAAAAAGCGUAGUAUUUAGUUCCAUAUUCCCGGCACGCAAUGACUACAUCAAGCUUGUGACUCUACAAACUUGUUGGAUGCAUUUGCAGUUUGUUUUGGUUGUGUUUUAAAUUAUUUUUGGCCCAAUAUAAAUGAAUGGUAAAUAAUGUAUUGUGUCAUUUUGGUGUCAUUUUUUAAAUUAGAAAUAAGUAUAGAAUAUAUUUCUAAACACUUUUACAUUCAUGUGGAUGUUACCAUGAUUACAGAUAAUCCUGAAUGAAUCGUGAAUAAUGAUUUGUGUGAAAGUUAGAGGGUCAAAGAUCAUUCGCCAAAGUCAUGAGUUUAGCAUGUUUUAGGGGUAUGACCUUUUGAGUAAACAAUAUAGCUCAGCAUUUCAAUAAUGUAUAUUAUACUGUCAUUAAUGCUUAGCUGUAUCAAGGGUGUCAAUCAUUUUGCCUUAUACUGAACAGUGAUUUUGUUUCUUGUGACACAAAAAUGUCCAAUUCCAAAACAUUUGACUUUCAACCUAUCUAUAGGUGCAUACAGUAUGUUGAAUAAAACUACUGCUGAAUGUUUUCACACAUCACAUAGGAAUGGAUGAUUUCUGUAAUGUUUCUCACAUGAGCCACUUGGUCAACGUCACUGCAUUGCAAUUUCAGUCCGACUUACAGAUU